AGUCUAUUUACGGUGGAGGCUCGCAGCGCUUUUGUUAAACGUCACGUUUAAAAAUCGAUAUCUUUUUAAAAUUUCAACAAUGCCUAAAAAUUUUUCAAUCCAAGCGAUAUUAUUGGGAGAAGAUAGUGAUGAAGAAGAACAUGUUAAAAGGUUAAAAGGAGUAACUCCAUUGACACCUCUAGAUUUAUCAACUCAGAGAAAUGACGGCGACAAAUUCCACCGACCCUUUCUCCCUAUUUCAGCGCCUCCGAUAACGACGCCCAUCUUCCACCCCUAUAUACCAUUUCCUCCUCUGACUUUACCGAACUUUGGCGCCGCUCGGCCUGCCGGUCAAAUUGAAACUGUCAAUGGCGGUUAUGGGAUAAAGAAUCCUUUGUUACAGUCUACCAGAAUAUCUCUAGCUGAAUUAAGUGAGAAGCAGGGAGAUAAUUUCUCAUGCAGGGUGUGUCGUAAAACCUUUCCGCUACAACGACUCCUCAAUCGUCAUUUGAAAUGCCAUUCGGAUGUAAAACGUUACUUGUGCACAUUUUGUGGCAAGGGAUUUAAUGAUACGUUCGAUUUAAAGCGUCACACAAGAACACAUACGGGUGUUAGGCCAUAUAAAUGCGACCAUUGUGAUAAGGCAUUCACGCAAAGAUGUUCAUUGGAAUCUCAUGGUAAAAAGGUCCAUGGAAUAAGUCUGGCUUUUGCUUACAAACAACGUCGGGAUAAAGUUUACGUAUGCGAAGAAUGCGGCUACUCGACAUGCGAGUCUGAUUUGCAUAUUGAACACAUCAAAAACGCUCACCCGCAUUCAACUCUUCUACUCAGGAGUUUGCAGAGAAAGUUAUUAACGACUUAA